UAACGCCAUCCCCACCGUUGUUGUAUGCAUUGAUGAAUCAUGAAGAUGCAGCCCAACCGUGUGUCGUUCGGCUCAUAUGCACACUGGCCCCUGUAGGCCUUUACAGACAUGUCAAAACAUAGGCUCCGAGGAGGAGGAACUAGCCAACGCCAACGGCGGGAGUAGAAAAGGAAAAAGUAGGGUGAAAGGGAGAUUUUUGAGUCACAGAGCCGCCCCAAGUUGUCUGGAACUGACGGUGGAGAAGGGGUAGAGUCGGCUCCCCUUCUAUUUCUUUGUAUCUUCAUUGCUUCUCCCCUUUUCCUCUCUCCGUGCUACGCAUGUAUCCAGAGGCCAUCUUAAGAUAAGAAAUGACUGUGCUACUGAAGAGGCCCAGAAGCAGGGGAUCAUGAUGGCAAUGCAACGUAAGACAUUUCAUCAAGGGGAAAACAGCUAUCAUUCCAUGUGCUGGAUUGGUUUUUAGGUUUUGUUCAAACCCAUCAUGGCCAUGUGAUCAAACAAAGAGAAACUACAAUUCUUCUUCAAACCAAUUAAACCGUUUAUGAUCAGUUUAUUUUGGCAUUCUUGUUACUCCUUUUAUGAUCCAAGAUAAUGUUAAGGACAAAGCAGAUUGGCACCCUUUCCCAGUGCGCUAGGUCUUUUUUUCUCGGUGGUUCACGAUGCAGUGCAGCAGAUGGAAGUUCAUGUAGUUGCACUGAAGAUGAAGCUUGUAUAUCUAGAAGGCAGCAGAGAAGUAAUGAGGUUCUACUUCCAGAAAAGACUUCAACCUUAGCAUCCAAGUCUUCAACAAAAGCAGGAACUCCAAUUUCUGGAGAUGCAGUAGGAGUGGUUGUUUAUCCUAGGACUGAGAGAGUUUAUCCAGCUUCAGUCCCAAAGAUUGUAAAUGCUUCUGGUAAUUCAGAGAGGUCAGAUGACACCAGUUAUGAAAAUGUUGAUACUCAGGUUGGUCAGAAUGGUUUGGUACGCAUACCCUCUCUUGUUACUGACCACUUUGUUAGGGCUGGUUUUGCAACAAUUGGAUUCCUGUCUGACAUGGCAACUUACAAGCAUUCAAUAUCAGAUGGAAGUGGGUUGCCUCUCUUGUCCCAGAAUUUUAUGGUUGAUUCAACUAAGCCCAUCUCCAACAUAAGAUCAUCAAAUGCAAAGCCCCAGAGAAGAGGUGUCUCCAAUGUCCAGAGCAUACCAUCUAUUGAGAUUGCAAAAGGAUCUAGUUCUAAAAGUUACCCUCAUGGUUCAAAAGAUAGAGGUGAAAAAACUGAUUCAAUGAAAAGUCUUGACCGUGUUCCAAGCACAGAAGCACGGAAUUCUGUCAAAAUUCACAGUGUUAAUUCAGAUACCACUGAUGAAAGGCAGUCCAUGCCACAGAGAUCAAAGACCCAUUCUCACCACUUCAUUCCAAAGUCCAGGUCCAGGGAACAAACUCCAGAGGUUAAUGUUGUGAGAGGCAUUUCUGAAGGUAGACCUGCAGAUAAGGUUCAGAAGUCCCUAAGAUGUGCAAAAUUGCCAACAGGAACUGCUCCAUUGACCAGGCAGCCCAUGAACUCCAGGCAUGCUGGGGAGCAUGCUUAUUAUAUUUUGCAACAGCUGAAGUGGGGUCCUGCAGCAGAAGAGGCUCUUAGUAAUCUCAAUUGUGUUUUGGAUGCUUAUCAAGCAAAUCAAGUUCUCAAACAGCUAAAAGAUCACUCAGUUGCCCUUGGCUUUUUCUACUGGUUGAAACACCAGGUUGGUUUCAAGCAUGAUGAACAUACCUAUACCACAAUGAUUGGGAUCCUUGGACGGUCCAGGCAUUUUGGUACCAUAAAUAAGCUGCUCAAUGAGAUGGUCAAGGAUGGGUGCCACCCAAACGUGGUGACAUAUAACCGUCUGAUCCAUAGCUAUGGCCGUGCCAAUUAUAUGGACGAAGCUAUCAAAGUUUUCUACCAAAUGCAAGAAGUGGGGUGUGAACCUGAUCGAGUUACCUACUGCACUCUCAUUGACAUCCAUGCAAAAGCAGGGUUCCUUGAUGUUGCAAUGGACAUGUAUCAAAGGAUGCAAGAGACAGGUCUCUCUCCUGAUACUUUUACAUACAGUGUAAUGAUCAACUGCCUUGGGAAAGCUGGCCAUCUAGCUGCUGCUUACAAGUUGUUCUGUGAGAUGGUUGCUCAGGGUUGUGUUCCUAAUUUGGUCACAUACAAUAUAAUGAUUGCCUUGCAAGCAAAGGCAAGGAACUAUCCUUGUGCAUUGAAGCUGUACCGGGACAUGCAGGCUGCUGGGUUUCAGCCAGAUAAGGUGACAUACAGCAUUGUAAUGGAGGUCCUUGGCCAUUGUGGGUACCUGGAAGAAGCAGAGGCUGUAUUUGCAGAGAUGAAACAGAAGGAUUGGAUACCUGAUGAACCUGUCUAUGGUCUCCUGGUAGACUUGUGGGGAAAGGCUGGCAAUGUUAACAAGGCUCGAAGAUGGUAUCAAGCAAUGCUCGAUGCUGGUCUAUGCCCUAAUGUCCCAAUAUGCAAUUCCCUACUCAGUGCAUUUCUGAGGGUUCACCAGUUCUUUGAUGCCUAUGAUGUGCUGCAGGGAAUGCUAAGAUUGGGUCUGCAACCCUCCCUGCAGACAUAUACUUUGCUUCUCAGCUGCUGUACAGAGACACUGUCACCAUUUCACAUGAACUUUUGCUGUCAACUUAUGGCAAUCACUGGCCACCCUGCUCAUGCUUUCCUAGUCUCCAUGCCAGCCGCAGGCCCAGAUGGGAGGAAUGUGUGUGAUCAUACUAGCAAUUUCUUAGACUUGAUGCAUACUGAGGACAGGGAGAGCAAGAGGGGACUUGUUGAUGCGGUUAUAGAUUUCCUUCAUAAAUCAGGCCUCAAGGAGGAGGCAGGAUCGGUGUGGGAGGUGGCUGCACAGAAGAAUGUCUACCCUGAUGUAGUGAGGGAGAAAAGAUCCUGCUAUUGGCUUAUCAACCUUCAUGUCAUGUCAGAUGGAACUGCUGUGAUAGCUUUGUCAAGGACACUUGCCUGGUUCCGAAGGCAGAUGCUUUCAUCUGGCAUUAGCCCCAGCCGGAUUGAUAUUGUAACAGGAUGGGGCCGCCGCAGCAGGGUAACUGGAUCUUCUCUGGUUAGACAAUCUGUACAGGAGCUUCUCAAUAUUUUUCAGUUCCCAUUCUUUACUGAAAAUGGAAACUCGGGCUGCUUUGUGGGGUGUGGAGAGCCUCUCAGCAGAUGGCUGUUGCAGUCUUACGUGGAGCGGAUGCAUUUGCUGUAGUAAAUGAGCUUUUGUGUUUCUGUUGUAGCAUAAAUGCAAUUUUGGCAAAGCGGAAAAGUUGUUUCCUCCAUAUUUAGCAUAUGUUACUUAAACUAUUGUUAUUUUGAAUGGCUUUGUGGAAUUAAAAGGGGUCAUAAUUCAUCAUUUUCAUGUCUAUACAAUUAUCUACCAUGUUGAAAUGUAGGGCAAAAAUGUAUACCUCAGAUGAGAAGGUUAGGUUAAUCAUCCUUCUUUUUUCUUUGUUCA